CUGAGAAAAGUCGAGCGCGCUGUCUUACGGACAGUUCUUGUUUUUAUGUUGUAAUUCCUCGUUCACACUUUUAUAUAGUAAAAAUCCAUGUUCUUUCUGUAUGUAUGUUUGAAGGCUGAUACAAAAACUUAUCAGUAUCAUUGCUUCCCUUUGUAUACACAAGAGCUCAUGCCCUUGUUAUUCACAAAACUAGAACUCAGAUGUAUUUCAUGAAUUCUUACUGAUAUUUAUCAAUACAUUAAAUCAUUUAAUUUCAAAAACAAUUUAAGAGCCUGGCAGUCAGUCUUAUGUGCGUCUUAUGUGUGUCUGUUUGUAAGACCUGUUUUUUUUUUAUUAUUUGAUUAAUUUUAAUUGUGUAAAUAUACUCACAGUAUGUAUGUUAUACUAUAUGGAUGAGUGUGUUCUUACUGCUUUUCCUUUUUUGAACUUUUAAAUUUACAUCUUUGUCUUUACUUUCUGUUGUUUUUUGUGCUCUUUUCAUUAUUGUACACUAUAAACAGUUGUUAUUUUUAAAAACUGUAAAGAAACCACUACAUUAGUAAUUUUUUAUGAAUAAUUUUAAUCAAAUUCUAGAAAAGCUUUUUAAUUUUGUGUCGAGACUUCAUCCUUUUAUAUAACUAUGUAUAUACUUCAAGUGCUUACAUUUUUUAUAAAAGUUCAUACAACCGGAAACAACCCUUGACAAAAAUAAUAACGAGAUGCUAAUAACUGCUACUUAUUCACAGAUGUAACAAAGAAUUCAUGUUCUAAUUACCACACAUCACGACACAACUUUUACCUUAGAUUACGACUUACCUUUUAACCUCACAAUAUGACAUAACUUUUCUUAUUUUGGUUUCUUUUGUUUCAGUAGUCAGUUGACAAAUACCUCUUGUUUCUAUUUUCAAAUUGCACUGUGUCUAACAGUGAGAAGUAGAUACUUUCUCUGGUAUGAUCUGAACAUGUACAGGGCCUAUGAAAGCAGUUAGCACACCAAUAAACGAUAACUGGAAAAUUGGCAUUAUGUUUGAAAAGCAUUUUGAGAAUCCGAGAUAUUUUUAAGGAAGAACCCAGUACUGAACGUAUAGGCAGAUUUCUGCAUUUGAAAUGGGCUUUAGUUGUAGGGGCAAUUGCAAACAAAAUGUAAUAUGUUUAAUGAUAAUUAUUGUCAUUUUUAUGUUCUUAUUUCGGCUGAAUAGCUUACUAAUCAGUAAAGUUAGAUUUAAAACUUAUAUUGAUAAACCGUACAUUGUUGAUGGCAAAUUUAAUGUGAAACUUAAAAAGGAGCAUUACAAAAAUAAAGACAGUGCUGUAACGCCACGUAAUCGGUCUGAAAGUAUAGUUAAAAAUACUCACAUAAUCGCAAAAACUAAUGGCAGAAAAGAAAUCAGUAAAUAUAUACUUGCAAUGAUUAAGGCGAUACAACAAAGUGAUAAAACAGCUGAAAAGAAAGUAAAUGUGUUAGAACAUAUUGGCUGCCCUCCUGUUCCAAGAAAAGUAAAUGGCGUUGAAGACUUAUUAUGUAUGCCGCCUCCUGUGUUCUUGCCAGAGUUUAAGAAUCCAUGCUGGUACUCUAAUGAGAGACGUUUACAAUGUCUUCCGUACUUCCAAAUAAUUGGUAUGGAUAAAAGCGGAUCUACUGAUUUGUUCGACAAAAUUGCUAAACACCCGGAUGUUCUGAAGAAUGAUGGAAUUUUGCAAAAGGAAACAAUGUGGUGGUCUUGGUUACGAUAUGGUCAUUGGUUGAAAACUCGAAGGGAAGUUCAGCCUUUUCAAAGGUAUUUGCAGUAUUUCGCAUCAGCGGCAUACACCAUUCAGUCACAUCCGGAAUCAAGACUUAUAACAGCUGAUGGAACUCCAAUGGACUUCUGGGACAUGAGUGGAUGGGUGGAUAUACCACAGAAUAAUGGACUAGCAGAGCCCGCUGUUAUUACAGCACAUCUGAUAAAACACAUGAAUCCAAGGGUUAAACUCAUUAUUAUCCUACGAGAUCCUGUUGAAAGGCUGUUUAGUGACUACUUUUUUCUGAAACAGGGAGUUAUGACGUUGGAAGGAUUCCAUUCAGAAGUUGUCAAAUCCAUUGAAAAGCUUCAUUCCUGUACUAAAGGGUCAUCUUCGUUAAGGGGUUGUUUGUAUAAUAGAAAUCUUCACUUGGGAUUAAAUGCAAGGAUACAUCUAGGAUUUUACUCAGUAUUCAUGAAGGACUGGCUAAAGGUUUUCCCGAGGGAGCAAUUUUAUAUAACAACAACAGAGAUGUAUUCCCAAUCUCCGAGUCAGAUCCUGCAAGAAGCAUUUGAUUUUCUUGAUCUACGGAAACUUACACGUAAAGAAGUAGAUCAAUUUUCGAGAGCUGAAAGACAGCACGUCACAAAGAAUAAAGAUAAUUUGGGACAAAUGUUGCAGCAGACGAGAGAUAUUCUUGAGCGGUUGUAUGGAACAUUUACUAAAGAGCUAGCAUCUAUUCUUGAAGAUGAUAAAUAUUUAUGGAAGAAGACUGUUCAAACCUGAGACAAUCUUGUCUGCUUCUAGUGUCAAUAAUAAAGCCUCAUUUCCAGCGCCUCCCAAAGCACUUCUUGAUUGAAUAUAUGAAAGCGAAUGUUUUUAUUGCUUGAUUGCGAGGCACAAAUCCAAACGCGCACAUUUGUUUUCAAGCAAAUAUCCUUGAGCACUCUUCUGAUUAUAGAAAUGAGUUUUGAGCAAAUGAGAUCGGUCAUUAAGUUGAGGACAAGUGCUGUUUUAACAAUCAUUGUUUUCUUUUUUGACCUAUUUAUAGACAGUCACUUUAUGUCAAAAGGUGAAUAAACAAUUUGAAACGUAUCUAACGCUUAUUGAAAAAUUUGGCAGGAACAAAAAUGUUACUGAAAUACAUUUUUGAACAAAAGUUAAGCGAUCCGCCAUAACAAAAUAUCGUUUACACACCCAAAGCACUGCUGUCCAACGUCCGAACCCGUGUAAACAUAGUGGGUAAUGAAUAUGGUAAUAACAACAGCUUUGAAUUGGGUAAGGAACCCGUUUGCUUCUUUAAAAAUGGUCUGUACGUUAAAAGACCCUUCUCAUAUUUCAACUUAUUAUUGCUGUUGUCGGUGGUUGAUUUGUUUAUGUAAAAUGAGAAGUCUUAUUUCAAAAUUACUAACAUAGCAAUUAUGAUAGUUUUAAUGAUAAUAAUAUUGAUGAUAACAAUAAUUAUGAUACUAAUGGUAAUAAGACAACGAUAAAAAUCAUGAGACGUAACUAAGUUUAGAGAUAUAGAAUUGAUUACCAUAAUUAUUUCUUUACACUAGCUCUCUUAAAGUACAUCGUUAUUAUAUCGAAUGAAAGUCCUUGGUCAUAGCAAAUGGAAAAUUACACUAAUUAACUUACUUUUUCGUUUCCUGAAACAACGACAAUUCAAGUAUAUCUUGGCUGUUGUCAUGUUAUGACCUUGCUUCAUACAAGCAGACGGAAAUAUCUUCAUCAUAUCCAUCAGUAGAGACUUAAGAUAAAGAAGCCGUAAUGAACGGCAUUUUCAACAUCAAGUUGAAUCGUUGAUCUCAUGUUUAGAUAAUAGCAAAAGCUCAUCUUCGCUCGAUGUAGGUCAAAUGCACAUUUUUAACGCAAAUGGCGUGGAAAUAUCACGUUUAAACCUAACCCUAAAUUGUAGUGACGUUGCCAUUUAUACGCCGAUUAUAUUAGUUUCGGGGCGUCGAAUGUAUUCAAAAAGUAUUUUAUAUAAUAUAACGGGCCCGUUGAAACCUAUACGGUGAUGUAAUUUUAUAUUUUGUUAUGGCGGAUUACUUAACUUUCAAAAUAUAUACUCCGACUAUUCGACGAAAGGAAUGCUUACUUUUAUUUUACUGUAAAAUGAGCGAAAACAUGCGUGGGUUUCCGAGGUCGUUUUCUCUGUAUUGUCUCAUUCCUCACACACACACACACGCACGCACACACACACACACACACACACACAAUGGAACUGGUUCAACCCCAAAAGAUAUAAUGACCAGCCUACAUCACUUCUUAAGGAAUUUGUCUAGGUUGUUAAUCUUACAUUGAGAGUAAGUAGAGAAGCUUUCAAAUAGCCUUAACCUUUUUCUUCCUUUGAACUAACUUAUUCUUACAAUUUACUUUGUCGAAAUCGAACCCUUCCGCUUAGCUCAGUAGGGAGAGCGCUGAUCUACGGAUCUUUGGGUCAUGAGUUCGAUCCCUGGUCUCCGUGGCAAUUUGAUAAAAGGCAUUGUGUCUGAAAUCAUUCGCCCUCCACCUCUGGGGAUCGAACUCACGACUCCGCGAUCCGUAGACCAACGCUCUCCCUACUGAACUAAGCGGGCAGGCUUCCAUUAAAUGAAAUCAUAAAUAAUAUUUACUUAAUAAUUGAAAGAUUGUAACUAUAAGCGAAUUAUUUAUUGAUAUUGAAGUUGCAUUGAUAAAUCUAUGCCAUACUGGUUAGAGGGAACUUCGAUAGUGGGUAGUUUCUGUUUCUACGGUAGUGGACCCGAAAUAACAAUAGUUUGAUACGUAAUCUUGUUUUGUGAAUCAGAGUUUCUUUUAUUCAUAUAUAGUUAUAUAUACAUAUAUACAGCAAUGAUACACACUUAACAUACAUUUUCAAUGGUAUAAAUGAGAAUAGGUAUGUAUUUUCUAGGAAAUAUUGUUAAAUAUCAAUUUAAAUGUUGACUUGAAUCUCAAUGAAAAAAAGUAUGUUAACAUUUUUGAACUUAUGAUAAUUGAUUAAGUAUGUGAUUUCUCCGCUUCAAUUACCACGCCAUGUAACGUUAUAUACCGGUAAUAGAUUUCUUGGCGAACAAUAUGUCGAUUUAUUAAUGAUACAAAAACAUUUCAAUUUGUUCUUACAAAAUGUUAUGAGUGUAGUUUACGACUGUCACAGAAAUACUUACGGUUAUUCGGUGUUAUGAUUCGGUUGGUGAUGUUAUAUGAUUCUUCUGAGGAGGUUAUGAUUCUUCAUAGCAUAGACUUACGCACACUUACUUACAGUAGUUCCUCUUGUACUUGUCCAGUGUA